CACGUUAUCAAAUUUUGUCCAAAGUAUAGACAGGCCCGUUGGGCUGCUCAACAGUCAAAAGGCAGCCGCCAGUAGGGGUUGCAACUGCCCCUACUUCAAGGCCAUGUGGAGAAGUGAGCGCGCGCGAACAGGACACUCCCAACCCACAUGARCCUAUGGCAGAGGUUGCAGGCCCGUGCCUAGAUAGCUGUCCAGAGACCGCCAGUGUAAGCGUCUCUUUAGGYACGUCCCUCACAGGUGUGGCAGAAGAAUUAAAGGAGAGGAUGCCAGCUUGGGCCAAAAUGAAGGAGAGUAAAGGACAACUGAUUUUGGUAGAUGUAGAGGUGUUUAGGAGUAGGGUAGGGGSCCUUAUAGACUCAGGGGCUACCCGUAGUUAUAUCAGCCGUAGGGCGCUGAAGAAGYUGAGGCUAGGACUAAAGGUCCAGAAGUUAWUAGACCCUAUAGUCAGUGUUCUCGCAGACAACCGCACAAUGCGCGUUGAGGAUUAUGUAGAGGGAGUCCAGGCGUACUUUCGCCUAGAAAAGGAUGGGAAGGUGGAGAAAGUUCUCCAUUCCCUAACUCUUCUCGUACAAGAUGACCUUCCUUUCGAUGUAGUGUUAGGAAUGGAUUGGGGAGAGGCAGCAGGGGCCAAACUCCAUCUGAAAGAGCAUGAGUGUAGGCUCCCUAGUCCGUCAAGCGAAGUGAAGACUGCUCGCCUGUUCCAUGCGUCCGGUGUAGAUAACACCUUGGCGCAUUGCUGUCUCAGUGCUCCCGCGUUCGCGCGAUUAGUAAGAAAGGAGCAGUUAGAGGAACAGGUCUUUGUGGUGUAUGUUAGACCUGUCACUGAGGCCGCGGAAAAGGAUAUUUUCACAGAUCCAACAAUUGCCAAACUCCUGGAAGAAUUCAAAGACUUGACUGAGUCGCCGACAGGAGUAGUGUUGCGACCCAUCCAGCACAGGAUAGAGAUAGAGCCUGGCAGUAGAACUCCUAAGGGUGCAGUCUACAGGAUGUCCCCUAGAGAGUUAGAGGAGCUUCGCAAGCAGUUAGACGAACUCCUUGAGAAAGGGUGGAUCAAGCCCAGUUCGUCUCCUUUUGGAGCACCCGUUUUGUUUGUCCUCAAGAAGGAAGGAGAGCUGAGAAUGUGUAUAGACUAUAGGGGAUUAAAUUCGAUCACCGUGAAGAAUGCUGAGCCGCUGCCCAGGAUAGACGAUCUUUUAGAUCGGGUGCAGGGUUGUAAGUAUUUCUCUAAGAUAGACUUAAAAUCCGGAUACCAUCAGAUAGAGGUUCAUCCUGAUCAUCAGUACAAGACUGCGUUCCGGACUAAAUAUGGGCAUUACGAGUUUAUAGUGAUGCCCUUUGGACUAACCAACGCGCCAGCUACUCUUCAGCGUUGUAUGAAUGACCUGUUUAGACCAUGGUUAGAUAAAUUUGUAGUAGUCUACUUAGAUGAUAUCCUAGUCUUUAGUAAGACCCUCCAGGAGCACCAGGGUCAUCUGAGGCAAGUCUUGGAGAAGCUUAGAGAGGCUAACUUCAAGAUCAAUGCGAAGAAGUGUGAGUGGGCCAAGACGCAAGUCUUAUACUUGGGCCACGUGUUGGACGGAGAUGGCAUUAAGCCAGAGGACAGCAAGAUCGCGGCGAUCAGAGAUUGGCCGACGCCCCGCACAUUGACAGAGUUGCGGUCGUUCCUAGGCUUAGCUAACUACUAUAGGAAGUUCGUAAGGAACUUCUCUACUAUCGUCGCUCCCUUGCCCAGGUUGCUGAAGAAAGAGGCAAUCUGGCAAUGGGACAAAGACUGUACGUCUGCGCUCAAGAAGCUAAAGCGCGCGUUAAUAGAAUAUCCUGUCCUCAAAGUUGCAGAUCCGUCUUUGCCAUUUGUCGUCACCACGGACGCGAGUCAGUAUGGGAUAGGCGCCGUGUUGCAGCAAGACGGCGGCAAUGGCUAUAGACCCGUAGAGUUCAUGUCAGCGAGAAUGCCCUGUGAGAAGGUCGCUACCUCCACGUACGAGAGGGAACUCUACGCUCUCAGGCAGGCUUUAUACCAUUGGAAGCACUAUCUGCUUGGGAGGCACUUCAAAGUGUAUUCGGACCACGAAACGCUUAGAUGGUUAAAGACUCAGGCCAAGAGCACACCUAAGUUGACUAGGUGGGCCGCAGAGAUAGACCAAUUCGACUUUGAGCUCAAGCCAGUGAAGGGCAAGUACAACGUAGUUGCGGAUGCUCUGAGUAGGAGAUCAGACUACUUUGGAGUUGUAGUACACUAUCUAGAUAUAGGGAGAGACCUGCAAGAGAAAGUGAGGCAAGCAUAUGUGCAGGACUCUAUCUAUAGCGACCUCCUAAAAAGAGUUAGAGAGGCCCCAGAGACUGAACCAGAUUACCGCACUACAGACGGGUUGUUGUUUGGGAAGACUAAUGUGUUUGACCGUCUGUGCGUUCCCAAUAGCGAAGAGAUCCGCAGUUUGGUUUUAGGGGAAUGCCACGAUACUGAAGGGCAUUUCGGUUGGCAAAAGACAUUAGCCAACCUGAUGCGUGCGUAUACCUGACCAGGGAUGAAGAAUGAUUGCAUAGAGUAUGUCCGCAGUUGUAAAGUGUGCCAGAGAAAUAUGUCUACUACACGCGCACCCUUAGGUCUUCUCAAGUCCUUGCCUAUUCCGGAUCAGCCGGGAGACUCAGUGUCUAUAGACUUCAUGGACACGCAAGUCAAGAGUAGAUAUGGUAAGAGCCAAGUCAUGGUCAUAGUCGACCGUUUUAGUAAAUAUGCAGUUUUUGU